UCCACCCUGCAGAAUAUGCCUGGGUUCGGAGGUAAGCAGCUUGAGAUGGAUGGCAGCAUCGACGACAAGUCAGAAGACUCCCCCAGCAGUUCCGGGUCCUCCCAGCCACAGAACCUCUCGACGGUGGUCCACACGAUCACGGCGGUGCCCACGGCCAUCCCCAACCAACCGGUACAAGUCCAGUCCGUUAUCCAGCCUACGCAACAAUCAGUCAUCCAAGCAGCGGGGCAGAUACAGACCGUACAAGUGGAAGAAGACGGGGAGGGACACCUGGUCAGAACAGACCCGGACAUCGAGAAAAGGCGAGAAAUCCUCUCCAGGAGACCAUCCUAUAGGAAAAUCCUGAACGAGUUGUCGUCAGCAGAAGCCCCGGGUAUCGCCAAGAUUGAGGAGGAUAAAGAAGAAGAGGCGGCGAUCACGUCAAUCCAGACAACCAUCCCCAGCUACGUACAGACCUCAGGGCAGUAUGGUGGAUACUGCAUAAAAGAGCCUACAGAGCCCCCCUCCCACCAGCUUCCCAUCAUCUAUGGUCCCCCUGUUCCUCUGCCACCUGCACGCAUGCAGGACAGUAGCAAGGUCCGGGGCAUUGGUGACGCUAGUCAGGACAGCUCUAGCUACAAGAAAGUCACAGCGGGACAAACCAUCCAGAUCGCAGCGGCAAACCAGAAUGAACUGACCACACAGGGUCUACAGACGAUCACGAUGACAAACGCAGGCCAGGGCGCGGUUACGGCAGCAGCCAUGCCAGCGGGCACCACGAUCGUACAGUACACUCAGGGGGACGGAUCGCAACAGUUUGUCACCGUACCUGUUUCCAUCUCUCCAGCCGGCGAGGUCCAAGCGUACCAGAUCCGGGCUCCGUCCUCCCUCCCCGCGGGCGUUGUCAUGGCAACCCCCACCGGCAUCACGAGCCCCCAGCAGCUUGCGGAGGAGUCGGCGCGGAAGCGUGAACUGAGACUCAUGAAGAACAGGUACAAAAACAGAGUGGCAGCCAGGGAGUGCCGGAAGAAGAAGAAAGAGUAUGUCAAGUGUCUGGAAAAUCGCGUGGCUGUGCUCGAACAGCAAAACAAGGCUCUGAUUGAGGAACUCAAACAGCUAAAAGACCUCUAUUGUCACAAGAACGAGUAGACGGCUGGUUCCGACACGCGGUUCGGGCUGGGUGGUUGUGUGGGCGCAACUUGUCGUUUGUGUGAGUUGUCGGCAUUUCCACUUGUAAAUAUUGGUGCUGUCUGUGGUCGGAUAAGGUUUUAAAGGGAUGUAGGUCUUUUUCAUGUUGUAUGUGAAUCCGUAUGUCAACUGGGAAGUGUGUAGUCCGGUAUAACUGCUGUCACGUGUAUGUAUCUCACAGUGCGUAGAGAAGGAUUGAGAAUGCAGUACAACCUGUAAACGUUUUGUACUUUGUGUCAGCCGUACCAACCUCCACACAACUUGUGUAUAAAUGCUGAUGUAUGUAGAUUAAUACAUGUGGUACUACAAGGGAGGCAGACCCGUUUGUGGUCACGACAGCUGUACAGAGGAAGAGCUUCACACAUGGCGGCAUUGUCAGAGUGUAGUGGACAGUUGUGGUCUUGUGGUCCAAGCUCACGUCUUGUUAUGUUGCUGAAAUUUAAAAACAAGUCGACAAAAAUACACCAGUCAUGAAAAGGCACAGUGUAGCGAUUUUGUACCAAGUACGUCUGUUGUAAGGCCAGGACCAGUUAUAAUCGUCAUUUUGUAUGAAACUUUUUGCAUUUGUAUCACCAGCAUUUAUGUAUAAUUUUUAACGAUUCUUGAUAACAUGUAACCAGGCUAGACAAUGUGUGAUAAACCUACAUUGCUGCCUGUCUUUUCCCCAUAUAUCCUGCGUUUCCACGUGAUAAUUUUGUACAGUAAAUGAACUCUUCUAAUCCAGAUAGUUGCUUCGUGUACGAAUGUAGAAUGAAUUUGAAUAUUCCCAAAGCUAUUUUUGUAUGGUUGCAAUGUAUGUGUUUUUAUGGUAGCUUUAGCUACUGUGGUAUGUUAGCUUUUGUAUGAUAGUGCUUGUGGUCGUAGAGUUUAUAUCACAUUCCAAGUGUUUGUAAUUGUAGUGUCUUGUAACAGGCUACAAUUCACAACUUAUUGUCUAACUUGUGAUGUCCUGUAGUCUGGAUAGGAGAGAAUGCUAGAAAUAGUAGGAGACAAACAUACAGAACACAGAGCAUUGUAGAUGUUAAAAACUCUGUUUUGUAGAGUGGAGCUACGUUUUGUGACCUUUCCCAUGGUUUGCAACAAGCAAUAAGUUCUCAGAAUCGUUAGACCUUCUGUCAGCCGUAAGCUAUUAGGUUAAGUGAAGUGGUGUCCAUAUUUUACAGUCAGUAUGAACAUACGGUAGAGAUUUAAUCCAGGCUCGAGUUGGAGCUACAGAAAGUGCACUGCAGUAAAAUGCUCUUGUUUGUACUCAGAAUGGGUUUAAGAAAUGUUCAUUUCGUUGGGAAGGAACUGCGAUGGUGCUCUGGUUGGGAAUGAUUACCAUGUUUAUUUUGGAAUAUCAUUAUACUCUGUUUAUUUAUUAAACUGGAUAACAACACCCAAA